GCGCAGGUUGCCAUAGCGACCAUUUUACGUUAACUGGUUUGUGGCUUUGAUCCUGGCAGCGCGGCGGCCGCGAGGCCCACGGUUCAGCUCCUUGCUCCCAGCGGCCUCAGGGCCCCGGCGGGCUCCAGGGGCCUGGCCUAGGGAUCCGCACCGUCCGGAAAGGCGGGAUGUCUGCGGAAAAAGAGGACGAGGUGGAAUGGGUGGUGGAGAGCAUCGCGGGGUUCCUACGAGGCCCGGACUGGUCCAUCCCCAUCUUGGACUUUGUGGAGCAGAAAUGCGAAGUUUUUGAUGAUGAAGAAGAAAGCAAGUUGACUUAUACAGAGAUUCAUCAGGAAUACAAAGAACUAGUCGAAAAGCUGUUGGAAAGUUACCUCAAAGAUAUUGGAAUUAAUGAAGAUCAAUUUCAAGAAGCAUGUACUUCUCCUCUCGCAAAAACCCGAACCUCGCAGGCCAUUUUGCAGCCUGUGUUGGCAGCAGCAGAUUUUACGAUCUUCAAAGCAAUGAUGGUCCAGAAGAACAUGGAGAUGCAGCUGCAAGCUAUUCGGAUAAUUCAAGAGCGAAAUGGUGUGUUACCUGAUUGCCUAACAGAUGGUUCUGACAUGGCAAAUGAGCUUGAACAGCAAGAGAUGAAAAUCCUGAGAGAAGUUCUUAGAAAAUCAAAAGAGGAAUAUGACCAGGAAGAAGAAAGGAAAAGAAUAAAACAGUUAUCGGAGAGUAAAACAGAGGAGCCCCCACAAUAUCCUGGUGAAGCUGUCAAAAUGAGUAAUUCCAUAGGAGGUGGCGAGCAUUUUGGACACUCCGCUGCAGAAGCUAAAGUGCAUUUUGCAAAUCAGUCAGUUCAACCCUUGGCAAGAAAGGUGGACAUGUUGCCUGAAACUUCCUCACUUCCACCAAAGGACUUGAAAAAUUCUGGCUUAGAACAUGGAAGCAUCGAAGGACCGAUAGCAAAUUUGUCAGCACUUGGAAUGGAAGAGCUCCGGCAACGAGAACACUAUCUAAAACAGAAGAGAGAUAAAUUGAUGUCCAUGAGAAAAGAUACAAGGAGCAAACAGAUAGAAAAUGCAGAGCAGAAAGGAACGCCUACAGGGGAUGCAGAGGAAAUGACAGAAAAACCAGAAAUGACAGCAGAAGAGAAGGAGACAUUACUAAAGAGGCGACUACUUGCAGAGAAACUUAAAGAAGAAGUUAUUAAUAAGUAAUUAAAAAAUUGAGCCAAGUUGCAGUUCAUUUUUUUAAAAUAAAUUAUUUAAUCCUUAUACCAAG